ACAAAAAUCCUUUCCUCCAACUUUCUUUUUUGGCAAAACUCGUUUUUUCUGAACAAUAUUUAGCAAAAAAAAAAACCCAAAUACAGGAAGGAAAGUAUUACAGGAAGGAACUUGCCCCCAAAAAAAAAGGAAAAAAUGAAAGAAACCAAAUACAGGAAGGAUUCGACGAUUCCUAUAAUUACCCGUCGUCUCUUUCACUUUCUCCUUACUCCUCCCAGGAAGAAGCUCCAAAACAAAAAACUACACACACACACAAAGCAGUGGCGUUCAAUGGCGACGGCAAGGAUCUCAAAAGAGGUUAGAAGUGCUAUGCAAUGGUGUUCAAUGGCAAUUGCAAGGACCUCAAAAGGACGAGGCAUGAUAAUUGCUAUGCAAUGGUGUUCAAAAAUUGCGAUUGCAAGGAUCUCGAAAGGGCGAGGAGGGAUCAGAAGCUGUUCAAAGAACAACAGCCAUCGGGAAAAAGACAAAAACAAUCGAGCUGGUAAGGUUCCCAAUCUAUUACCAGAGCUUCCAAUUGAUGUUAUUUCCGAAAUUCUUUCCCGCCUCCCGGUGAAGUCCCUGCUCCGUUUUAGGUGCGUAGGCAAAUCAUGGUGUUCGCUAAUCUCAGACCCACGAUUUAUCAAGACCCAUCUCAAUCGGUCACUGAAAUCUCAAACCCAAGUUUGGGGUUCCUUUCGGUAUGUUAAAAAGGGGUUUUAUCCUCUAUGUCAACAUGGACCAUCGCAUCUCAAUGCCAUGGAUUAUUGUUGCUCCAAUUUUCGCAAGAUCGAUUUUGGUCGGGAAGGUGAGUCUGCUUAUCGUGGUUUUCUCGGCUCUUGCCAUGGAUUGCUCUGCGUGGAUAAUUACAUAGAUGGUGAAUUAAAUCUUCGUUUAUGGAAUCCAUCGACAGAGAAUCUAAAAGGAUACCGGAGUUUAAAUUGCCAACUACAAAUUCAGGGUGGAUGAGAAGAGACCGUGUUUUUGGAGCGUUGGGGUUUGGUUAUGACGAUUCAAAUGAUGAUUACAAGGUGGUUUUUUACUGUAACGCUAAAAGAGACAGGCUUGAAGCUCAAGUUCAUGUGUAUUCUUUGAGAAAAAAUUCUUGGAGAAGGAUUCAAGCAUAUUGUUGUUUUUCGGUAGAUUAUGCCCAUCCUGUUCAUUAUGUUAAUGGAGUUCUCCAUUGGAUGGCCUGGCCCUCUCUGGAUCCGGGGGAUCCUAGGAGGAGCAUUCUUUCCUUUAAUUUAGCAAAAGAAACAUUUCUGGAAAUACUGCAGCCUAAUUAUGGUGAUGGAAGUUGGUUAUGGAGUAUUGGGGUCUUAGAAGAAUCCCUUUGUGUGCUUUCUGACAAUAGCAAAUAUCACGCUGAUGUUUGGGUGAUGAAGGAGUAUGGCGUGGAGCUGUCGUGGACUAAACUGCUCGCAAUCUCAUAUGCAGAAAAUCCAGGAUUAUUUCGGCCCUUUCCUUUUGAUGGUUGCAAACCAAACGUAGACACGGACAAAGCUGACCGCAGACCCUUGCCUUUUACUAUGGCAAAGAAGGGUGAAAUUGUGUUUGAUGUUGGGCGGGAUUUGGUUUUAUACAAUUACAAGGAUGAAACAUUCAAGUAUUCUUUUGCUUCCUUGAUGGAUGCCCACGGGCAUUUUGGUUGGCACACCUUUAGUGAGAGCCUAGUUUCACCAAACGCUUAUGGCAAAGGUUGACUGGUUGAGAUAUGGAGGGGUAUGGAAGAAGGUAGAGACUGAUACUUUUACAUCCAUUUGAUACCAAAUUUCUCAACUUUCAUUGCUAAUUUUUUGUUAAUGUAAUUCUGCGAUAUUGACUUUGACAACCCAACAUGUCAGUCUCUGACUGUAUUGUGGAUUAUAUUAGUUCGUUUUCCCUUUUCUAGCU